AUGGCCGGACCCCCAACCCGGAUCCUUCAGACCCUCUCUGCCCAGCAUCCGGUCCUCACGGCGCCUUUCUCUCCCCAGGUUCUUUCGGAGCACGGCUAUGGCCUGAUCACAACCGACAUCCGGGAGGGCCAAACCUUCUACUACGCGGAGGAGUACCACCAGCAGUACCUGAGCAAGAACCGCGACGGGUACUGCGGCCUCGGGGGCACCGGCGUGUCCUGUCCGCUGGGUGUUAUUCCAAAAAUUUAUAUGUGGGAGCCCUGGCCUCCAGUGUGGCUAUAUUUGGUGAUGGGGCCCAAUAACUAUGAGAAGUAUGUGACAUGUGGCCAAAGAAAAAGUAGCAAACCUGAGAAAUCAGAAACUUUGGAAAUCAUAGGCGGGGAACCUGCAGACCUUACAGAUUUUCCAUGGCAGGUGAGUAUUCUUUACCACGGGAAACAUCUCUGUGGAGGAUCGAUCCUCAGCAUGUGGUGGAUUUUAACUGCGGCCCAUUGCUUCAUAAACAGAAGUAAAUCUGGCCUGGAGAUUAUACAUAGUGAAAGAAAUGUUGGCACCAAGAACUCGAAGAGGAUGAAAGUGGACAAGCUAAUUACUCACCCUUAUUUUGACAGCUGGUUCUUGGACAAUGACAUUGCUUUGCUCUUGCUCAAAUCUCCAUUUAAGUUGGAUGCCCAGAAAGUACCCAUCUGUCUUUCAGAGGUCACUGACAUAGAGAGAUGGCGAAACUGCUGGGUGACUGGAUGGGGUAUUACCAGUGAGUUACUAUAGCCCAACCCACUGAACAAAGUCAACAUCAACUUGGUCAAACGGGAAAUGUGCUCCUCUGUUAUGCCUGUGCUCACCAAGAACAUGCUGUGUGCUGGGAACACUCAAGAAGGGAUGGACUCCUGCCAGGGUGACAGUGGGGGGCCUCUGGUUUGCCAGAAAAAAGACAACCAAAGCGUAUGGUACCAGGUGGGCAUUGUCAGCUGGGGAGAGGGCUGUGGCCGGAAGAAAAAGCCUGGAGUGUAUACGAAGGUGUCUAAUUAUCUGUUAUGGAUUAACAUGGAGACCACACUGUCAGGAAGGCCCUACGUGCAUGAGCCAGACUCUGGAUACAGUUUGCUUCAAUCACCCUGGGCCAUCUUGUUACUCUAUCACCCGGUCCAGAGCCCCAUUAAAUACUGUUCUGGGCUCUCAGAGAUCAUGUGGAAAAAUGCUAUGAUUCAGGAUCAGGAAAUCAUUGAAGUAGAAACAUCCUAG